CAACUCUAUACUCGAGUGUUCAUCACCCCUCAUAACUCUAGUAACCCCCGUCCACCCACAUUUCGCAGACAAGAUGAGCUGGUCAGGAUUCAAGAAGUCCAUGAACCGGGCUGGUACCACCAUCAUGCAAAAGACGGGCCAGAUUGAGAGGACAAUCGAUAAUGACUAUGCAUCCGAGGAGUCCAAAUACAAGGUCUUUGAGAAGGAAUGUCAGGCUUUACAGAAGGACGCGAAGGGCUAUCUUGACGCUAUGCGCGCCAUGUCUGCAGCUCAGCUGAGACUCGCCGAAAAUAUCGACACGUUCUACGGCGCUUCGGACAGAGCAUCUGAGAGUGCGAUGGCCGCCCACGCAUACAAACGCUCGGUGGAGGACCUCGAUAAUGGCAUUAGCAGAGAACUCGAUGCCCCGUACCGCGCAACUAUCAUGGAGCCUAUAGGCAAGAUGGUCUCAUACUUCCCAAUCAUCAACGAACAUAUCGCGAAACGCAACAAGAAGGCUCUCGACUUCGACGCCGCACGCAGCAAAUUGCGUAAACUCACAGAAAAACCAAGCGACGAUCCCACGAAAUUCCCCAGGGCACAGCAGGAGCACGAUGAAGCAAAGGACGUCUACGACAUGAUGAACAACCAGUUGGUCACCGAGCUCCCUCAGCUCCUUGACCAGCGCGUGCCAUACUUCGACCCCAGCUUCGAGGCCAUGAUCCGAAUGCAAUGCAAGUUCGCGGAAGAGGGAUACGAGAAGCUAAGCGGCGUGCAACGGUACUUCGACGACAGCGUGCGAGACGAUUAUGCCGCGGGACAGCUGGAUGCUCAAGUAGAGGGUGUACUGCAGGAGAUGCGCGAGCUCUCGAUAUGUGGCGCUAGCUAAAUCGCUCGAUUUGUUCUCGUGUGGAUGGGAUUUGUAUGAUGUUGACUUCUUUGUAUUUGGACUUAUGAUUGGAUAAUUUCUCGUGGAC